AUGUUUCAACCAAUUCGUACAUAUAAGUUGAGCCCCUUUUCUGAGCUGCGUCUAGUUACAGAGACUUCCUUCUCUCCAGUGUCUAUUCCGCCUUCGGUCCUGCUCUUAAACACGCCUUUUAAUGACCCUUCUGUGCCUUGCGAAAGGGGAUCAGCGGAAAUUUUUGGGAGGGAGCUCAUCCCUGAUAUGGAAAUAUCUAUUGGAGAAGGAGAAAAACUGGCAAUCUUUACAUGGGUAGGAUGUACACUUCAGGUUAAAGGCCACGUUCAACAGGAAUAUGAAGCAUAUGAUAAUGCUAUGAGGGAAUAUUUGAACCUGGUAAAUGCUUUGGACGCCGAAAGAGAAUCUGCCGCAAUAAAAAAUACACAUGGACCAAGGAUUUUGGUUACCGGGUCCCCGUCUAGUGGAAAAUCUUCCAUAUGUAUGAUGCUCUGUAAUUACGCCCUUCGUAAUGGCUGGACUCCGGUUUUUGUGGAGGCCGAUCCUAGGGCAUCGACCGACAAGAAACCUCUAAACUUUUAUCCUGGCACCAUUGGGGCCACUGUGGUUACAAGCAUCGAAGAUAGCCUACCAAGAAAUCCACUAAUACAUUUCUAUGGAUAUUCCUACAUUCAGGAUAACGAAUGGCUCUAUCUGCAUGUUAGAUCAACUACUCAAAAAAUCACAUUUUUAUUGCAGACAUGUAAGACCAUGAGUGUGAACAUCGAAUUAAUGAUGGAGCAAAACCUAAAGUUACAACCUCAUUCUAGAAGAACCGAUGAGGUCAAGGAUAUGGAAAAAUAUAUAGCUUCGUCAGGGCUUAUUAUAAAUGCACCUUACCAGGCCAGCAAAGAUACUAUUGUUAGGCUUGCAGAGAUAUUUAAAGUCACUAUGAUUGUUGUAAUAGAUAGCCCUUCAAUUCAUCAGGAUUUGGUAAAGGCAUUUACGGUACAAAAGAAUACUAUACCAACAAAGCCUGCGUUCGACGGAUCUGGAGUUGAUUUUGUAUCACCAAACUUGUUGGGAAAUUUGGCUUUUGCUCAACCUAAUGAACCUGCAAGUGUGGCCACUGAAAUAGACAAUCCCAAAAUUCCAAAAGAGAAGCGGCAAGUUCUUGUACUUGGGGCAUCAAAACUAGAAGGAGUUGUACCGGUUGAUAACGACAGACUAAAAUACUUGAACUUUAUGUGCUGGAAACGCUAUUUUGAAAUUGGAUCCUCCGGGAAAUUUCAUGUAGUUCGUUUUAAAAUGCUGGACACAAACUUUGUCUUUAUUGACACCAUAGAAGCUUUAUCAAAAGAUGCGUUUCCUACAGAUGAACAAUAUUCAAUGAAAUCCAAAGAAUUAUAUGCAUCGCCCUGGAGUGGUGAUCCCUUUGUACUAACGAACUCUAUAGUGGCGGUGCCUGCCACAGAAGACAUGGAUCUAAUUCCAUACUCCAAUAUCAUCGCAUUCUUUCACAUCCGUAGUGUUGAACUUAAUGAGGAUACCACUCAAAACUUUGAUGGUGAUAUGGUGGAGGAUUCCGAAUCAGUAAAAACUUACAUACUCGAAGCAACAUGUCAUUCAUUUUACUCCCCUACAUCACUUCCCAAAUUUCUAAUUGUACCUGGGAAUCUAAAAACCAUGAAGUGGAUACCAAACUAA